AUGAUGGGUAUACUGUAUGAGAAACGGCCCUUGAAGAGGCCCAGACUUGGUCCGCCAGAUGUUUAUCCUCAGGAACCGAAACAAAAAGAGGAUGAACUUACGUCUGUCAAUGUCAAACAUGGUUUUGCCACUAUGCCUCAAUUGUCGGAUGAAUUUGGAACUGCAAGGCAUUGUACUGUUACUGCUGCUAAAGUUGGAGCAUACUUUAAUGCGAUACUUGCUAAGAAAGAAGAGUUUGCAACUAUGCCAGAUACUGGAAGGAAAAGACAACAGAUCAAUCCUAAGGAUAACUUUUGGCCAGUUACAGCAAGAACAAAAAAUGGGAUAGAAGCAUGGUUCAAGGAUUUAUCUGGUUGUAAGCCAUUGGUGGCAUUAGCGAAAAAGGCACCAAAUUUUAAUAAAAAAGAAGAGAUCUUUAUGAUGCUCUGUGAAUAUCAAGUUCCCAUGCUUAGAGCAGCAUGGUUUAUCAAGCUGAGCUCUGCGUAUACUGUGGCCGUUUCCGAAGCUAAAAUCAAGAAAAGACAACUUCCAGAUCCGACUACUGAAUGGACUGGAACACUUAUUAAAUUUUUAAAGGAUCAGCUUUCAAAGUUACAAGAAUAUUAUCAUAUUAAUAAUCACCCAACAAGUAGUACAAGUAGUAAUGGUAACGGGAAUACUCCAAGCACUACCAAUGGUGGUAGUACAACUGCUAACAAUCAACCACCAACACCAACUGGAAAUUCUGUAUCAACUCCAGGAUCCACCAUGAAUGAUGAACACAAGUUAGCUCUAAAACAAUGGCAUUACUGUGUGCAGUUGGCAAAAUAUAUGUUUGAGGAAGGUUUACUAGACAGGCAAGAACUCCUUCAGUGGAUCUUAGAUUUACUGGAUAAGAUGCGCUCUAGUCCAUCCGAGGAUGGAAUUCUGAAGCUUCUAUUGCCAUUGGCAUUACAAUAUUUAGAAGAAUUCGUACAAUCAGAAUUAUUAGCGAGAAGAUUAGCAUAUCUAUGCUGUAGAAAGAUAGCUCAUAUGUGCAAUAACGUUGAGACUAAUUGCAAUCCUCAAAGCCCAUCGAUAGUACCACUUGUUAAAAGCGAAAUGAAUGGUACAAAGGAUAAUGGUGUUGUACCAAUAGUUAUUAAUCCACUAAUGGCAGCGUUUAAUGAUUAUUUAAGCUGUCCACACCACAGAGACAUAAUUUAUGGCCUCUCCACAAUAAUCCAGGUGAUCACUUUAGAAUGUCCAACAGCACUGGUUUGGAAUAGUGUAGGAGAAGGCAAAGCACCGUCAGUGCUCAAUGGAUCUCCUCUGGAUCAUUUACUCUGUCCACCAGCAGCAUUACCGUGUCCACCAGCAAGUUCAGCAAAUCCCACUAUGAAGCAACUGAAGCUAGCACAAGAGAAUAUACGAAGAAGAUCAUUAGCUGCUGAAGGACGAUGGUCUUGUGACAAGUGGCAGCAGAGCAGUGCCGGGAUGACAACGACAAAGGUUCUAGCUGCCCUGGAUGCUCUUGAUCGUCACAGUUUUGACAGGAUGGAUGCUACAAAUUCCCUGGAUACGCUUUAUGGAAAGAUAUUCACCGCGACUCCUAAAGAAACUACUAACGAGAGGGACUCCAAAGUGGAAUACAAUCCCCAACAGGAUGCAGCCAUUGUGGAGAUUCUUUGCGAAUGGGCUGUCAGUGCUGAAAGAUGGGGUGAGCACAGGGCUAUGGCUGUUGCCAAGUUACUGGAGAAACGGCAGAGCGAAGCAACUGGUGAAACGAAUGAUAACGACGAUAAGGAUAGCGUUUGCAGUAACGGAACUCCACCAGGGUUGCCGAUUUUUCAGCCUCUACUCAUGAAAUUCCUGGACGUCGACGCACCGGUAUUGGAUAACACGUCGGUCCAAUCGAAAGCCCAAUUUACCAACUUGGUUCAUUUGUUCUCAGAACUCAUAAGACACGAUGUGUUCUCGCACGAUGCUUACAUGUGCACGUUGAUCUCGAGGGGUGAUCUUAUACAAGGACCAGCAGCUAGUAAACCUGGUACACCCAGUAACAGAGAACCUAUUGACGAGGAUAGUCUGUUUCCUGGUAUUGAUUUAAAACCAGCUAAAUUAGAAGUAUCAGACCAUGGUAGAACAAUGGAUUGUGAUGAUAGCAAAAUCGAUGAUGAUUUGGGUAAAUUGUUACAACAUAUUAAAGAUUAUCAGCAGAAUAGUAUGGACGCUCCUGAUAGUCCCAAGGAUGACGCACUUGGUGGUCAUGGAGCUCACGAAGGAUUAGAUUUUAAAACUUCCAGUCCUUGUAGACAUUUACUUUAUACAACACACUUCCCACUGCCACAGGAUGAAACCUGCAGUCAACACGACUGUAACCAGAGACAUGUUUUACUUUAUGGAGUAGGUCGUGUUCGGGAUGAGGCGAGGCAUGUGGUCAAGAAAAUGUCUAAGGAAGUGUGUAAGCUCUUUGGCAAGAAAUUCAGCAUUGAUGUAGCUGAGGGUGGUAAAGUGAAGAAGCAUUCACGUAGUGAAUUCAAUUUCGAAGCCGUCACUCAGAAAUUUCAAAAUCUAAGCUACUUCGAUCAACAUGUUGUAACUUGGCAAUGUGCCACACAGGUCGUGGAGAUGUUGAACACCUUUGCUUUGGCAGGAUCUUCUUAUUUACCCGUCCAGGAACACGUAGCCUUCCUCUUUGAUCUUAUGGAACUAGCACUGAAUAUAUACGGACUAAUCGACGUGUGUAUUCAAAUAUUAAAAGAACUACCGGAAGUAGAGGCUCAAUUGACAACGAGAAACAGCCAGCUGGUCAGAAGCUACACGACUAGCUUGAGUCUCUACGUCGUCGGUGUUCUUAGAAGAUACCACUGCUGUCUAUUGCUAUCACCGGAACAGACUACAGCCGUGUUCGAUCUCCUGUGUAAGGUCGUUAAACACGUAUCGAAUCCUAGUGACUGUAGUUCGGCUGAACGUUGCGUCUUGGCGCAUCUCUAUGAUUUAUAUUCCAGUUGUUCGUUACUGAAGACUAAACCUCACGGAGUAGAGGCCUUUAGCAAUGCCUAUCCAAAAAUACGUACUGCACUGUACAGUGCGCUUCAGCCAACGCCCUCGAAUCACGUGUACAAUUCGCAAUUUAUGGUGGAUGUUUUUAACAGUCCUAGACGCGGAGGUAGAAUUGAACCUCAAUGGGCUAGACAAUUGAAUGAAACGCCUGCGAAUCGUUAUAGUUUUGUGUGUAAUGCAAUAGUAGCUGUGUGCAGUGAAACCGAUAACGAUAAGUUGAAUGACAUUGCUAUCACCUGUGCAGAACUGACUGCUUGCUGCAAUGCACUGAGCGCAGAGUGGUUAGGCGUUCUAAUGGCACUAUGUUGUUCAUCGAACAGUUCUGCGUUUUACAUAGACGUACUAAAUCAGGUGGAUGUUCAGGAUUUGAGUAUACACAAUUCUCUAGCAGUGUUCACGUCGAUUUUAAUCGCGAGACAUUGCUUCUCUCUGGAAGAUUUCGUUCUGCACAUUGCAUUGCCGUCAUUGGUAAAGGUCUGCAACGAAGGGCGUGGCGAUGCCGAUAUGGAGGCUGAAGCCGGAGCUCGUUUGACCUGUCACCUUCUUCUUCGAUUGUUUAAAACGGUAGAGUGUCCUCAACCUGCUCUGUACUCAGUUAGCACCAGUCCUCAUCCUUUACCAAGUGGUAAUCCGCGAGGAUACAGCAUAAAAUUAAGCUGCGAUAGACAUCUUCUCGCUGCUGCACAUAAUAACAUCAGGGUCGGUCCCGUGUUAGCUGUACUUAAGGCUAUCUUAGUCGUUGGAGAUGCUACAGCGGGGAAACAACCACCUAAGAAACCCGACGUCCCGAUGACACAUUCCAGUAAGGGUGGUCCUGGUAGUGUCGGUGGUGGAGAACUGUCAAUCAGUCACAUCCUUGGUACUAGUGACAUUCUGGGUGGUGGUGACGACCUUGGUCUAGACCUAGCCAUGUCAUCUAGCAGUACAGGAAUGACAACAGAGAAUGUCAAAGGACUCUCUGAUUUUGCACAACAUGUCCUAAGACAAAUAUGUAGUCAGGAAUGGGUACUGGAAAGAUGCCUGCAAAAUCCAGAAGAACUGUGUCAUCCUGACACCCUCUUGGAUGAUAUGUUGACGCCGCGACAGGCUCAGAGACUGUUACAUAUGAUCUGCUACCCUGAGACUUCACCGGAUGCAUUCUUGGAUCAGAAAACUCACAUCACGAAUAUUCUUGAGAAUUUGGAACAGUGGAGCCUCAGGAUGUCUUGGCUAGAUUUGCAAUUAAUGUACAAGCAAUUUCCACCAGCCUCCAGUGAUCUCUCACAAUGGCUCGAUACCGUCGCCAAAGCAGCUAUUGACGUCUUUCAGUUAAAUAGUUCAACAGGAAAACCAGAUAAGAAAUCUGGUUCUAUCUGGCUCGUCGCACCCCUUGUAUCUAAAUUACCUAGUGCAGUACAGGGACGUGUGUUGAAGGUAGCUGGUCAAGUCUUAGAGUCAGGAAACUGGUCAAAGGCUAGUCGAGAGAGAGGCAAGAUGAAGUCUCCGUCCUUAUUCAAUCACCAGCCAUUUUUAUCUCUGGUUUUAACGUGUCUAAAAGGACAGGAUGAUCAGAGAGAAGGACUAUUAACAUCGUUACACUCGCAACUAUCACAAUUUUUAAAUACCAGCAAAGAAGAGAAGAAUAUUGGAGCCGAAGAUCCUAAAGCUCGGGAAGUACUCCAAGACGCUUUACAAUUAAGAUUCAGUUUAGUCGGUGGUGUCUUUGAUACGAUCCAAAGAAAUACGACUGUAACAACCGACUGGGCAAUCUUAUUGGUGCAGCUGGUUAGCUAUUUUGUUAUUGAUCUAAACAAUAACUCUGAAUUAUUUACUACAGUUAUAGAUAUGCUCGCCACUCUAAUACAUUCCACCCUCGUAUCGGAUUCGCAAUCCGAGAAGGACGAGAACAAGAAGCAUUACCAAAACUUGAUGAAGAAACUCAAAAAGGAACUGGGAGAUAGGAAUUCUCAAAGUAUAUUGUUUGUGAGACAAUUAUUGCCACUUCCUAAAUUGACCAUGGAGGUGAUCACGUGCGAACCUGUAGGUUGUCUAACAGAUACUAAGGGUAAUAAAAUAGCUGGAUUCGACAGCAUCGACAAGAAGCAAGGUCUCCAAGUAUGUGAUUCACAAAGAGUAUCAGCUUGGGAACUUCUAGAAGGUCACAAGAAUCCGGCCCCGUUAUCCUGGGCAUGGUUCCGUGCUGUAAAAAUAGAACGCAAACCUUUGACUUAUCAAGCAGCUCAUAAGCUACUGCGUUAUCAUACUCAUAGUCAAAUUAGACCAGCAAGCCACUACCUGGACCCACCUCCGCUGCCGCCAGAAGAUCUCGAACCUGAUAAAAAGGAAUCAGAACCUGGAAAAGCUGAUACUCCUAUGAGUAUAGAUUCUCCAGGCAGAGGAGGUAAAGGCAAAGCUAUGAAAGCAAGGAGGCACCGUAGAAAUAAAGGACCAGCAACACCAACCGCACCGCUGCCACAGCAGAUACAGCAACAGGGUCCAUCGCAGAUGCAACAGAUUCCCUAUAAUCAGCAACCACAAGUUGCACAACAGUCUGGAAUGUUCACUGGCCAGCCACCACAACCACAACAACAAUGGUAUCCGGCUCAGCAAGGACCAACUCCUCAACAGCAAUAUGCCUAUGGACAACAAUUACCACCAGCACCAGUGGGCGGCCCUCGUUAUGAGAGACCAGGCAUGAACAACCAAUCAAAACAAGCAUUAUCCAAUAUGUUACGACAUCGAUUACCUGCAAACCAGUUCAUAAGCUCCCAGCCACAACCUACUGCACCUCCUGGUGCAAAUCCUGGAACGUUCCAAGGUAUGCAGCGACAACAGUUUAUCAGGCAGCAGCUCAGAGCACAGCAUGGUGGCCCUGGAAUAAAUCCUCAGCAAGGUAUGUUCCCACCACAACAACAGCAGCAAGGAUUAUACGCCGGAAUGCAGCAAGGCAUGAAUCAAAACUAUGCUGGAUAUGGUGGGCAACAGAUGUUACCGCAACAACAACAGCAGCAAAUGUUACAACAACAGCAGCAGCAGCAGCAGGGAAUGAUGAACCAGCAACAGAACAUGAUGUUUCAGAAUCAGCAACAAAUAAUGGGAGCACAGAGGGGACAAGAAUACAUGCAACAGCAAAGAAUGCAACCUGGAGCAGCAAGACCUCCAUACUUACAGGCCCCAAAUGUUACGAUGAAUGCCAUGGGUCCUAUGGGUGGUGGAGUUCAAAAUCAACCAGCACCACCUUACAGACAAGCAGGAGGAAAGCCUGGAGCUGUAGGAGUUGCUGGAGUUAGUGCAGCAAGUGUCGGUUUACAGCAACAAAAUCAGCAAUUCCAACAACAAGCGAUAAACCAACAGCGCAUACGACAACAAAUGCUAGCUAUGCAGCAACAGCAGCAGCAGCAGCAACAGCAACAACAGCAGCAACAACAACAACAGCAACAACAACAGCAGCAACAACAAGGUGGCGCUGGCGGACAACAACCAACACCUCAAUUAGUUGCUCAUUUACAAAGGCACUUAAAUCAACCUCCUCAACAUCCUUAUCAACAUCAACCUCCUCCUUAUUGAGAUUAAGUCUCCUUCCCGUUAUUCUUCUGGACUGUCACGAGUUUUUCAAAAAGAAGAACAAAAAGGACCAUGGUUACCAGUUAACAAGAAAACAUGUUUUAAUGUUGUGGCGUUGCAUUUAAGUGUGUUCGAUAUCCAUGGAUUGGUUCUUGCAUUUAUCCGUGGAAACUUAUUUUUCUGUUCAUGUACAAAACGAGAGAAGUUUACAAGUUGAUUUAAAAAACAAGUGAAAUACUGGAAAUAUAAAAAUGGGAAUCUUGUCGCGGAUUCUUAUCUAAUACCACGAGGAACGCGUGUAAUGCAUGACAUAAGUUUCGUUGUUACGCAGGCGUUCUAUAGUUAGAAAAAUAGUAUUAUUUAAUUGAAUUUCUCCAGAAUGAUUAAGAAUUUAAUCAACAAUAUACGGCGCCACGUCGAAGAAAUGUGUUCCGGAAAUAUGCGUAUAUAUAUAUAUAUAUAUAUAUAUAUAUA